CAAAAAGGCAAAAACUUUACGAAGAAAAAUGAAGUACUACUUAGCUUUCUUUUCAUUGUUAUCUUUUUGCAUUAUAGUUACUAAUGCUUCUCAACCACAUGAGGACUUCCUUCAAUGUUUGUCCCACAAUAUCUCAAACACAACCACUUUGGCUGAACUCACAUACACUCGAAACGACUCGUCGUUUAUCUCUGUAAUGAGCUCCAACAUACAAAACCUAAGAUUUUCCUUCCCUUCAACUCCAAAACCACUCGUUAUCGUUACACCUUCAAACGCCUCCCAUGUCCAAGCCUCUGUCUACUGCUCAAAGAUACAUGGGUUAGAGAUCCGAACACGAAGCGGUGGCCAUGAUUUCGAAGGCCUCUCUUACGUUUCUGAAGUCCCAUUUGUCAUAAUAGACUUGAGAAACCUAAGUUCUAUCAACGUAAACGUGGAUGAAAAAACUGCUUGGGUUGAAGCCGGAGCUACCAUUGGUGAAGUUUAUUAUAGGAUUGCCGAGAAAAGUCGAAAUCUCGGCUUUCCUGCUGGAUUUUGCCCUACGGUAGGCGUUGGUGGACACUUUAGUGGAGGUGGCUAUGGACCUUUGGUGCGAAAAUAUGGCCUAGCAGCUGAUAAUAUCAUUGAUGCUUACAUUGUUAAUGUUGAUGGGAAAAUUCUUGAUCGAGAAUCAAUGGGGGAGGAUUUGUUUUGGGCCAUACGUGGUGGUGGAGCAGCAAGCUUUGGAAUCGUUCUCGCUUGGAAAAUCAGAUUGGUUCCUGUCCCAUCAACAGUGACAACAUUCAUUGUUAAUAGGGAUUUGGGCCAAAAUGAGACCAUGAAGCUUGUGAACAAGUGGCAAUACAUUGCUGAUAAGUUGGAUGAUGAUUUGGUUAUCUUAAUUAGGUUCUCGACUGUGAAUUCUACCCAAAAUAAUAAGGUUAUACUCCAAGCUCAAUUCUUGUCAUUGUUUCUUGGUGGAGUGGAUAAUCUUCUUUCAUUAAUGGAAAAGAGUUUUCCUGAGUUUGGUUUGAAAAGAGAAGAUUGCAAUGAAAUGAGCUGGAUUGAGUCUGUUUCUUAUUUUGCUGGAUUCCCUAUUGGAGCUGAGAUGGAAAACUUGCUUAAUAGAACUCAACAAUGGUUGUUUUCAUUCAAAGGUAAACUUGACUACGUGAAGAAAACUAUACCAGAAAAUGUAUUGAAAACAAUGCUUGAAAAGUUAUAUGAAGAAGAUGUUGGAGUGGGAUUCUUUCAGUUGUUUCCUUAUGGUGGGAAAAUGAAUGAGAUUUCUGAAUCAGAGAUUCCAUUCUCCCAUAGAGCCGGAAACCUCUACAAAAUUCUCUACUAUGCUCAAUGGGUUCAGAAACCAGGAGAUGAUGAUGAUGAUGAUGGGAGUAUCAAUUGGCCUAGAAGUGUUUACAAGUACAUGACUCCUUAUGUGUCCAAAAGCCCAAGAAGUGCAUAUGUAAACUAUCGAGAUCUUGACUUGGGUAAAAAUAACGACAAGGGACCCACGAGUUACACACAAGCAAGUAUUUGGGGUAGAAAGUAUUUCGGGAAAGACAAUUUCAAGAGGUUAGUUCAUGUGAAGACUAAAGUUGAUCCCCAAAAUUUCUUCAGGAAUGAACAGAGCAUUCCACCUCUUCCACUACCACUGCCAAGUCCAUAAGAAUAAUGGAUAACCAUUGAUCUUCACGAAUCACCAAACUAUUUUUUUUCAUCUUUGUUUAUGUAUAAUUAUAUAUUUAUCGUGUAUAAAAUCAUGUUCACGUGGACUAUUUCAUUCAUAUAUGUAUGUAGUUAUUGUAAGGAAUUUUAUGUAAAA